GUUUUGAAGCGUCAAGUUCGUAUAAAGCGUUACGGCGUCACUGAGUAAUCUCGUAAUAACAAAUUUAGUCUGCUUCGGUAGUUAAAGUGAUCAGCUUCCAACAAGCAAGUCUCAGGUUUGAAUCAGUGUCCAUCUACUUCGAUUUAAUCGCACUGGGACUUUCACUGAUUCUUAUAAACAGUGUGACUCAUAGUCGACUACUUAAAUCUGUACUUGAAAAAUAAUUUUCCAUGACAAGAUGCUUUGGAUUGUGUUUAUAUGUUCUAAAUUUAUUUUUUAACAUUAGUGACUCAUUACAUAAUACUCAUAACUUUGGAUAAUCCGUUGUACGCCGCAUUGCAGGAUAAUGUCUAAUAAAGGCAAAUCACAAGAUGAGGCUCUCAAUAAUGAAAAUUCAAAGUCAACAAAUUCAUUCUAUCAUGAAGAGAAUUCUGUGAAAUUGGAUGGAAGUGCUCACGAUCUUUUACAAUUUCGAGAUUGUUGUGAAUCUUUACGCGAGUUCAUAAAAAAUACAUGGCAGCGUAAAAAAUCACAGGAGAAGAUUAAUGCUUCGCAGUUUGCCUUUCUGAUGAUAUCUAUCAAGGAGUUGAACAGAAGAACUCAGUUUAGGAUUCGAAAAUCUCGAGAAAUAACUGCAGAGAAUAAGAAUAAAGUGGAUCAGUUACACUUAGGUUUGCAGAAUCUUUUAUAUGAAGUCGCUCACCUUGAAAAUGAAAUUCAAACAUGUUUAGAAUUUAGGUCUCGACAUGAAGAUAUAAAAUUAAUUCCGGUAGAAGAGUUCUAUGAGAAAACUGGGCGCAAAGUUGGAAGCUUAUCAGAACAUCAGGAGACUUUGGAGCGUCUUCAUUGGGAGCUUGAACAACGAAAGGCUUUAUCUGACUCUUGUGAUAAACUAAAAAGUGCUGUUGAAUCUACUUCACAAACCAUUAAAAAGAAACGGAAUUAUUUAGCUAGUUUUGGUCCAAAGUUGAAGGAUGUUGCUGAAAGUACUUUAAUUAUCCAGGAACUAAUGGACUUACCGUUUACCAACGAGAAUGAACAGUAUAAUUUGGCGUUUCUUCUACCUUCACCACUGUAUAUUCUGUAUUCUCUCUUAAAGUCAUACAUAUCUAUGUCAGGAAAAAAAUCAGAAUUUUCUGUAUCAAUCGAAGGUGAUUCGGAAUUAGCCAAAGCUGUUAAUCAAACAACAGAACAAACGGAAUCCCAGUCUUCACCACAGGAAGCUGAUGAUUCUGAUGUAGAUGAUGGAGAGGGGAAUAAAAAACGCAAAAAGAAACGUUAUGCGACAGAAUGCAUCGAUGAUACAGAUAAAGAGUUUAUCAAUGAAAAGACUAUUAAAUUCCAUCCAUUAACUGUUUUGUUAACGGUUUCUGUCCCUAAAAAUUCAGAUAUACCACUUAGUGAACGUGGUUUUAGUAUCAAAUUAUCAUUCGCUUGGAUGUUAGAUUUACAUCUGGUAACGGUGAGAUUACAAUUUUCAGCAGACAAAACUGCUUCACUUCCCCGAUCAAAAACUGGAAAUAGCUUGCUUAAUUCUGAACAGCUUUUGUCCAGUUUACAAUGGUCUUGUGACCAACUUGGCUUCGGUGGUUGUAGUUCAGAUAUACCUAUUUUAUUUCUUCCUAAUUCACAAAAAUCGAUUACAUGGAAUGCAUGCGAAUCCGUCGGACGACCAUAUUCGUGGGCUCAACAACUAUCAGGUAUUAACUGCUUUCCAGAUAGGUUAUCUGAUAAUAAAUUAUGUGAACAGUCAUCAAAAUCUACCGAUUCAGAACAUUUUGGGGAAAUUGAAUCUUGGUUAAAAUCUCUUCAAUCGCGAAUUAUUGACAGACUAUAUCUUAUUGAAGAGCUUUCAGAAAUUGAACGCUGCAACUUGUUGUUAUCACCCGAGCAACAACAGUUAAUCCCCUCUGAUGUUGAACUUCGCAUUAUUCGGUGGAAGAGUUCUAAUUUUGAAACUUUACAGUCCGUUCCUCGUGCUCAGGUUAUGAUUGCUUUAAAUGUAAUUCGUCCUGAGGACUCAGUAUUCCAGUGUCACAUUGGGAGAGAUGAAAACUAUUUUGUCACUGUAUGGGUCUGUAUCCCACCUCAGUAUCCACAUAAAGCGCCAUUACUAAUUAUGGACGGUCUAAUCAAUUUUGUCAGUCCCAGUGGUACACAUAAUACGGAGGAUGUUGUCACUGACUUAUCUGAUCUUCAUAUACAGGAAUUAGAAACUGAAGUCAACUGUUAUUGGCAAGAAUUUUUCAUUUCAUCUAUAAAUCAAAAUAAUAGUCAUACGGUUGUAAACUAUUUUGGUAAUACUAAUGAUAUUACUUCUAAUAAUAUUAUAAAUUCCGAUAAGCCGUUUUAUAAUGGUAAUCAGUGUGUCGGAUUAAGUAAAUGGAAUCGAAAUAUAUUAUCUUGUCAGUUAGCUAGAUGUGCUGCUUGUAUCGAUGCAUUAUGUCGUGAUCAAAUAAUUUGGAAAAAUUCGUUGAAAUCAACAAACAAUUCAUGUGUUCGUUCUGUUAGAUAUCCAACAAGAAGUCGUCCUCUUCGUUACUUACCUUCACCGGGUGCAUUUGUUCAUCGUUAAUAAUAUAUAUAGAUUGUUUUCCACUUAUCUCUUAUUGUUUGUAUAAGUGUACUUAAACGCUUCAGAUAUUUUUGUAAAUCUGUAUUAUUAUUACUUUUCUGUUAAAACGAAUGUAAUUUUACCUUAUUGUCUAGUUUAUAUAUGCCACAAUUUUUGUACUGAUAGACUCUAAACUGGAUAACAUUAUUGCUUUUUUAUAGUAAAUCUGAACUAAAUAUACAUUUGUUUGUAUAUAACAUUUUGAUGGAAAAUGAUUGACGUGUCAUUUGUUUUUAUUUAACAACAUUGGAAAUGAAUGAAAAGUUUAAUUUUUUUAUAUUUAUUCCUACUAGGUGGUUUUUAAAUCAAUAAAUAUCCUUCCCUAAAUGUUUAAAUUCCUUAAUAACAUUUGCUAUUUCAGUUAACUAACUUUCUUUUUGUCAACCAAAUUAAGAAUUUUUCUGUAUAUGACCUUUGGAAGUAGAUCAAACUGUGAAUUUCAGUUUAUGUUAUAUGGAUUAUUUUUUGUAUCGUUAUCAUAUGAUGGGUCGGUGAUGAAAUUCAUUUAGUUGAUUGUUUUAAAAAAACCACCUUAAAUUCCAUCGAAUACUACUGUAUUGAUGUGAGUUGUUUAGUUUGUAUUCAAACUAUGAUCUAUUAAAAUGUUCAUGAGUGGAGAGAAAAAAGCCUGGGAUUAGAAUCAAGAUAUUCAGAGAACGUUUGUAGAAUAAAUAAGAAUUAACUUUUCAGCAACAGUUUAUAUAUUAAAACAAGUUUCUAAUGGUUGUUUUGUCAGAAUCGCUGCUUUCAAUAUUUAUAUCUAAUUUGAUCAUAAACAUACUUUUAGAGGCUAGAUAUUAUUCAUCUAACUUUUUGAAGAGUGAUCUCAUCAACGUUAAGUACUGAGAUGACGUAGUUCUUUUUGACGAGGAUUUUGAAAUAAUUCCGGUUUUUUGGGUCUUCAGUAGCAACGCAAGUUUAUUUGGGAUUCACUUCUGUUCCUCUAAGUUAGAAAUGUUGCUUCAGGACUGGUUUGCGUCAAUGUUUUACCUUUCGUUUUCUAAAUUUAUAGUUUAGUGUAAUUCCAUACGUUUAAUUCAAUAUGUUUAUUUUCUGGA